CUGUAACCGUUUUAGCUUCAGUCCCGUCUGACAGUUAAAGCAAUCGAUAACAAUUCAUUCAACUAAAAUGUCUCCCAAAAUCGUGCUAUUUUUGUUUGCGUGCAUUGUAGUUGUGGUGUUAGCUAAAGAUAGCAAAUCAAAAAAACUCCAAAUCGGUAUCAAGAAACGCGUUGAUAACUGCACUGUCAAAUCCAAGCGAGGAGAUCUUCUUCAUAUGCAUUAUACGGGCACGCUGGAGGAUGGAACUGAAUUUGACAGCAGCAUUCCUAGAGGUCAACCUCUGACGUUCACCUUAGGUUCUGGACAAGUGAUAAAGGGAUGGGAUCAAGGGUUAAUGGGGAUGUGUGAAGGAGAAAAGAGAAAACUGGUGAUUCCAUCUGAAUUAGGAUAUGGGGCAUCUGGAGCACCCCCAAAAAUCCCAGGUGAUGCCACCUUAAUAUUUAAUGUGGAAUUAAUCAAAAUUGAGAGAAGAGAUGAUUUGUGAGGCCUGCAAAAAUAAACCUUUGAUUUAGA